AUGUUAUUUUUAUUAGUAGCUCUCUUAUUCGUAAAGAAAGGUGAAUCUGGAGAAGGAAUGAAGUUAACCAAAUGCCUUGAUCCUAAUACUGGUGCAAUCGCUCGUCCACUACCGCUUCCAUCUGCUUGCAAAGAUAAAGAUCCAGUGAUUUGCAACGCAAUUUUUUCGCCACGAGUUCCAGAUAUACCUAAUAACGCUGUUGCAACGAACGAUUUUUACGUUAGUCCAAACUGUGUAAACGCUACUGUUAUGGCAAAUGCUGAAGCAUUGUGCCCCUCCUCAUGUGCAGUUUGUUGUUUAACGCCUGAAUUUAACUGCCAAAAUUCCGCUGCUAAUUGCAAUGCAUUUAUGUUGUCACCAGAUUUAUGUAUAAAUCCAAACACUGCCGCAGCAGCAUUAGCAGGAUGCCCUCGAGCCUGUGGUCUGUGCAAUAGGCCUGGCGCCAAUGGCCAAUGCCCAGAUACUGGUGUCGUGAAUUGUGGACAGCUGUUGGCCACUGGCUUAAAUUGUAGUAAUGCAUUCAUGACGCAGAAUUGCAUGGGAACUUGCAGAAUAACAACUUGUUUAUCGACGACAGCGGCUGCAUCUGCUUGUUCGGACAGCCGAGCCGACUGUGCAAGACUGGCAUCGUAUUGCAAUAUUCCACCGUAUUCAACAGUAAUGGUUGACCAGUGCAAAAGAACGUGCAACUUAUGUAGAUAA